AUAUUAGAAGAUGAACUUCCAAAAAACCUAAGAACGUGGAUAAGAUAACGUCAAGCCAUUUUCAAAGAACAGCUACUCGAUAAAAUAGCCUUCACGAUUUCUGUUAGAUCAAAGGUGUAUUAUGUGGACAAAAGUUGAUUAAUGUCAACAAUAAAAUUGUACUGAAAGAAACGCGAUGGAUUCUAACGACGUCGUAUACAUAGAACAUUAAGUAGAAAUACACAAAAAAAUGCACAAGCUUAGUAAUGGCAGUGUAGAUAUUAUGGGAUACGUUGGGUAAACUCUAUGUAAACAAAAUGCUAAUAAAUAGGAACAACCACCGGAACUAUGAAAUAUUGUGCGAAGGCCCACAAUCAAACAACUAGUUGUCGCACGCAUAAAUACGCACCAUAUUUUGGUAAAUUAAUCCAAACUUAUCCAAAAGAAAACAAAACAAAAACGACGCAAUGGAUCACAAUAUGCAUACCGAACAAGACUCUCCCCCAGACAAUAGGAGCGACGAUGAUUUUUUGUUAGGACCUGCAGAAUCCAUAACUGUAAAAAACAUAAUAUGCAAUAAACCAAAACAUCCAUGUGAUCCCGUGCCAAAAUGCCCAACAACGCCUUGCGAUCCAUCUACUGUAAGACUGCAAUGUUGUGCUAAAGGUGUUUCUUUCAAAUUAAGUUGCACAAAAUUGCCGCCAGACUGUAACAACCCAGAAGCUAGAUACGAAUGCGAAUUAGUAGACGAAGGUAAUGAUAUAGAUUACAAUAUUAUGGCAUCAUGUGAUCUGAAAUGUGAACGAAUACAAGCUAUUCACAGCGAUCAUCCUAUUAUAAUCGAAGAUGACUCUAAAGUUGCCCACAUUAAAAAAUUGCCAACCAUGGUAUGUUCAAAGGACAAUAUGCGGAAAGUGACCCUCUUAAAUGAUACUUCAAUAUUAAACAAUAUUGACGCAAAAAAUAGUUUAACGACUGAAAAUUUAAAUAACCCACUAUUAACUUACAAUGAUAAAGGCCAGGAAGAGAAUAAAACGUGUAAAAAAGAAUCACUUGUCGAUCAAAUGGCAUCUUCGUUUAUAGAGCACCAUAAUAAAACAGUUAAAAUAAUAAAAGUAGCAGCGAAUGACUUAUUUUGUUUAAUAACCAAUCCAUCAAAAGAUCCUAGUAAACACGAUAAUGAUUUGAACUAUAUCAAUGCAGUAAUUGAGUUUACUAAAGAUACGAUUAGCGCAGUGACUACCCAUGCUAAUAAGUUCAUUAACUCUGACCAAGAGUGCGAAGAUAAAGGGUCCAAAACUUCUAAACCCCAAAGUGGUUCAAACCCACCUGAAACAUUCGAUCUGGCUUCAUCAAAUAACUUAGUUGAAAGUGCCAAGGAAAAAAUUAAUAAUUUAGUUAACAAAAAUAUACCUGACCAAGAACAAUCGCAAAACGAUAAUAAUCAGGCACAGGACGACUUGACACUUGAAACUGUGAUCUUAAUAAAUGAGUCUUCUCAGGGUAAUUCUUCUCGUGAUAAAGUGUACGCAACUGCAAAACAAAUAAGCAAUGACCCUUCACACCAGUUGACUGGAACUUCAACUUCACUGACCAAUGAGAUCAAGAACAACUUAACUAAAGAUGUUUUUGAAAAUAGUUCUUCAUAUAAGAUUUUACCUCCUUCAAAAAUGGAUUUCGAGAGCGAUGAAUAUAAUGAUGACAGUGAUGAGUCAGCACCUAGUAAUAUAUUUACAACACUUAAAGAUAAGAUACGGGCUGUAUUCAAUGAUCAUAAUAAUCUUGAUAAUACCAGCGCUAAUUCUAGCGGGACUAAAUUUUCUGAAGACAGCGAUGACGAUCAAACGCCAAAACCUGUUCAUUAAAUAAAUACCUAUU